AUGAUCGAUCACAAUACUACUGUCAUCGAAGCGAUGGCUGAGUUGAAACGUCAGGAGCGAGUGGAGGCGUACAACUCUCUUGAGAAAUCCAAACUGAGCACUGGUUUCCUCACUGGACAAUUGCUCAAGGAACUACAGGACAAGGUGCUGGGAAUAUCUAGGAGAAAAAUGGCACUCUAUUCCACGCAUGAUGCCACUAUAACUUCACUUCUGUACAACCUUGGAGUUUCGAAUCACCUCCUACCUCCUUAUACGAGUACAAUUUUGAUCGAGCUGCACAAAAUGGAUGAUCAGCAUUUCAUAAAGAUACUCUACCGUAAUUCAAGUAGAGAAGCUUUUCCACUGCAACUCCCAUCCUGCACAGCGCUUUGCCCUUGGCGAGAUUUUGUGCGAUUCGCAGCGCCACGAUCGUUCCAGACAAGAGAGGAAUUCGAAGCAGCUUGCGAAAAUCGGCGGAAUACUCGAAAAAAUUACUUGGAGGAACGAACGCCUACAAAAUCAUUUAAUCCAGAGCUAAUUGCAGCAGCUGGAUACUUUUUCCUACUGAUGGCUGUCAUGUACUUCUACACCACAUUGCCUAGCAAAAGCCUCUUUUGGCUAAAAGCUAAUGUUUUGGAACCAUAG